AUGGAGCAUACUUUUUUGACUAUACAUAAUUUACAUCCGGAUGCCAACAUCCUUUACGCCUCUGAUUCUAUCUUUGAAAUUCUUGGUUACUCCCCGCAAGAGGUACUUGGCCGGUCUGCCUUUGAAUACUUCCAUCCAGAGGAAAUCCCCUAUGCGCGAUCCGUUCAUAGUCGCGGCGUCUUGCUGGACAAGGCUGCUGUUCUGCACUAUGCACGCCUUCGCUCUCGUGACGGCCGCUGGGUGAGCAGCGAAUGCGUCUUUUCUAUUGUUCACGACAUUCUUUUUGCCUGCAUCAGUAUCUACCGGUGCGAUGCCAAGAGCGAGAGACGUGCCUUGGUUGCACCCCAGGUCCGACGUCUCUUCUCGCGUUCUCCUCGAGACCCACGAUACCACAUGUUGGAACAUUUGUCUUCUAAGUUCAGGUUGCCACCUGUGGAGCGCGAGCCUCGAGCCGCUCUCAUCUUGAACCGAUUCACCAGAACAUUAACGGUGAUGUUUGCAACGGAAGCCAUUGCGUCCAUUCUCGGGAUUCCUGCCAGUCAGGUCCAGCACAAGAGCUUUUACGAGUGCAUCCGUGAAAGCUGCCUGGAUGAUGCUGUCAGAUGUCUUGAGAGCGCAAAGGCCAACGACUCCAUUGCUUACUUGCGUUUCUGGUCGAGAGAUCCACGACGACCAGAAGACUUUGAAGACGAAGAAAGCAAUGCCGAUGGAGAGUCAACGAUUGAUGCAGAGAAUGGUGAUGGGAUUGUCAGUAGUGAGGAGCCGUCCCGUUACUUCAGAAACAACCACACUACCAGCCCAAGUCCCGAUCAGGCCAGACCUGGUGAAGGCUCGAUGGCCUCUUACCGUCAACGACGCGGUGAUAGUCGCCGCUCUAGUGAUUCUGAAGGAGGGGGCGUGAAGCUGAAUGGUGCUAUGGAUCUUGACUCAUGUUCCAACUCGGCUUCCAAUCAGGGUGUUGCACCUUCUAUCAAGGUAGAGCCCGAUGUGGAAAUGCAGGACGGUGUUUUCUCUGCAGGAGAGACAUCGGGAGAAUCGCGUACUACAAGCUCCAAUGCCCUGGGGUCUACUUCCCACAACUCACAAGUCGGCGGAUAUCAGACCCCUCCUACUCCCCCAUCUCCACAGCCGGUCGGCAGAAACACCCCACGAGCAAGCAGGGAGCGCAGUCGUGCAGCGCCACAGCUGGCACCUUCUGUUGAACUGGAGGCCGUCGUAUCUUGCACUUCUGACGGCCUGGUCGUUAUCAUUCGUCGAGCACGACCCCAGAUUCCCGAUGCCCACAAUCCUCACAUUCCCUCUACCAACGACCGUGGCGUUUUUGCUGCCCCUUGGGCGCAGCAACCUUUCCAAGCACAGUAUUCGCAUGAGAACUUUCACAAUUUCCAGGCCCCAUUGGCUCCGCAACAUAUGCCGCUGCGCAGCGGAAUCCAAGCCACUGGAGGUCCUCCCAUGGAUCAGCUCAUGCAGUCCAUUAGAGAUGUUGCUGUCUUUGCUUGGGCUGUUUGUGGCAUCAAUGGAAACAUAGCUUCAUACGGACAUGGCCAGCCAUCAGGAGAAGCUCACCCCCCGGAUGGUCUUCCCAUUUGGGAUCCCACUGGAGCCGAAACUUCAUACGAGGGGCCGUAUAAUCAAGCCGCUCAGCGAUGGGCUAGAGAGGCUCAAAGACAGCAGCCCUCGCUACACCCACAGGAUUCUGCCUCAACAGACUUUUCCAUGGAAGGCACAGCAGACCGUAGUUCAUAUGGGACGGGCUACCAGAACCAUGCAAGUAAUGGCCAUGGAAAUUCAUGGCUUUCACAGCCAUCCGCCUACCAACAGAACCAAAAUGCAUUUGCGCACAAUGGCCAUCAAGAGUACGGGGGCCAAACAGGCUACAAUCCGGGUCCCUCGCAUCAGCAAUUAGAUGGACAGCAUUGGUCCGGGAACCCUCGGGAGCCUACUGCUUCAGCUGAAGAAACUCGCGAUCAUACCUAUAGAUGGUAUUGA